GUCUGCCAUUGGGAUCGAAAGUAGACACAUUGUCUUAAGUGAGUAAAAAUUUGAAAGUUUUUAUUAAAAUUUUCUAUGAUUUACUGCCGCAAGUUCGAUUAAUUACACUCACGGCAAUGGGUAAGAUUAUGAAAACAGGAAAGGUGGUACUCGUCCUCGGUGGACGGUACGCUGGUCGUAAGGCGAUCAUUCUGAAGACGUUUGACGACGGUACCUCGGACAAGCAGUUUGGUCAUGCCCUGGUCGCUGGUAUUGAUCGGUAUCCUCGACGCGUAACUCGCCGUAUGAGCAAAUCCCGUAUCCACAAGCGCUCCAAGAUAAAGCCGUUCAUCAAGACUUUGAACUACAACCACCUUAUGCCUACGCGUUACAGCGUACCAGAUGUCAGCUUGGAUACUAAAUAUUCCGCUAAGGACCUGAAGGACCCAGCCAAGCGCAAGAAGGCUCGUUUCCAGAUUCGUGUCAAGUUUGAAGACAGGCACAAGUCGGGUAAAAACAAGUGGUUCUUCCAGAAGUUGCGAUUCUAAAACAAUCCUGCUAUGUUUAUUCGUUAAGGAAGUGAGUAAUAUUGGAUGGAAGACACUGUGUAAUAAAAAAAACGAGAAAAAUGCAAAGUGAA